UUGUUUCAGAGACCGGUUUCUACACGGACGUAUUUUGAAUCCGCAACAACGCACGCACACACACAAAAAUGGCGACCCCCAGUAGGCGAUCAUGCCUCCAGCACCUUUUACACCUUGCUCAAGACAACCUGGACUUCAGGUUACCGGAAAUUAAGGCUCUGCUGGCUCUCCGAUCAAAACCAUUCCACCCAUGUGAAAACUUCAAUGAAAAGUCUCCUUUCUGGUGUCUGAACGGUUUGUCUGAGGAGGAUGUCAGAAGUGUCAUGGCCAGAUCUGUAUGUGCAAAAUCUGCUUUUGAACUAUGGGGUCACGGACAAACACACAGUGAACUCAGAACAUCCCUCUUGAACUACCCUUCAGAGAACAUGAGCCCAUUCAUGCACAAAGACUCCACAUACAGAAUUAACGUCUACACUUUCAACAAAACGUUGGUGUUUGACGACAGGAUCAAAAGGAUUGAUGCUAUGGAGUAUCUCCCCUUUGAGGGCACAGUGAGCCUGAAGAGCCCUCAGCACGUCUUCUGUCUGAUGGAGGACUACGGCUCAGACCCAAACAACAUCCCAGAAGAGCCCAUCUACAUCUACUUUGGCAGAUGGAUAGCGGACGGUCAGCGUGAACUGAUUCGCUCCCACAGCGUGAAGAACAGACACUUCAUAGGAAACACCAGCAUGGACGCAGGGCUCUCCUUCAUCAUGGCCAACCACGCUAAGGUCAAAGAGAACGACCUCGUUUUUGACCCGUUUGUCGGCACGGGGAGCCUGUUGGUGGCAUGUUCUCAUUUUGGAGCUUAUGUUUGUGGAACUGAUAUUGAUUACAACACCAUUCAUGGCAAAGGUCGGUCGAGCCGUAAAAACCAGAAGUGGCGAGGACCUGAUGAGAAUAUCAGAGCCAACCUGAGACAGUAUGGAAAAGACAGGAUGUAUGUGGAUGUGAUGGUGUCCGAUGCGUCCAAGCCUGUGUGGAGGGCGGCCACUCUGUUUGACGCCAUCAUUACCGACCCUCCAUAUGGUAUCCGUGAGUCCACAAGAAAAACAGGCUCCCACAAGGACAUUAUGAAACCGGCUAACGGCGUCUAUGCAGAGUCGCACGUCCCGGUCACACAGGCCUACCACCUGAGUGACAUCUUAACAGAUCUGUUAAACUUCUCUGCCAACCACCUGGUAAUAGGCGGAAGGCUCGUGUAUUGGCUGCCCAUAUACAGGCCAGAGUACUGCGAGGAGAUGAUUCCUCUUCACCCUUGUCUCCGGCUCAUCAGCAACUGUGAGCAGACACUCUCCAGCCACACUUCACGACGCCUCAUCACCAUGGAGAAGAUAAAGGAGCCGGAGGAAUUGGACGGCCCAGCUCAUCUGUCGGACGCGUGCUUCAGCGGCUACCAGGGACACAACGCUUUCAGGGAGAAGUAUUUCAGUGGACUCAACAAAAGAUGUGUAAAGGAGGACAACCAGUCUGAUGUCAACGGAGAGUGAACCAAGUCGAGGUUCAGCAAAAGGCUUUCUCAGAACAGAGAGAGUGCAUUUUAAUCAGGUCACUGUUGUACUAAAAAAGAAAAACAAACCGACUCCUUUUUUAAAAAAAAAUAUAUUAUUUUUAAUUAAUUGCAAAUAAAUUAAUAAAACCUCAUUCUUUCUAUUUAUAUGAUACAUUUUAAAAUGGGGAAGUACAUUAACAACAAAGGCAGCUCUUGUUAAUAUGUUAUAAAUUUAAAAUUUAAAAAAACGGAUUAAAGUUAAACUAUUAAAUCUGACAUGGCAGUGGCUGCUACAUCCUGACCUUUAGGGUGUACUCACUGGGUGCUAGUGUGCCAGAUCACCAUCGACUGCUGUUAUAACCGCGUCCUGUGCUCUGACCUUCUUUAAACUCUUUGGCUCUUACUCUGUGCGCAUUCCAUCCAGCGUGAUCACUAAUCGCGACCCCGACGUCAAAACUACACAACAAACAUCUUCCACAUCUACUUGAAAGUGCGCUGUGGUUCCCAUGCGGUUAGUAGUCUGUGCGUAAAGCUUCAAAUUCCACCCCUCGACUUCCAUUGCCUCCAUAAAUAUCUUAUUGUAGGCUACGAGCAACACAAUUUACUGAAAAAUCACAAAACAAACAAACAAAUCCAUCUGAAGUCUGAGAGAACCUAACUGCGCCCAAAAUGACUCCAAAUAAGCAACAAGAUGAACUGAACCGCUAACUCCACAUUAUGUUAACCGCUGUGCUUUACUUUAACACAAAGAGUUGAUUUAGCAUUUCGGGGGCCUGGGACAUUAAGAGCAAUAGGAGGUGCAAUCAGCCACCGAGCUUGGUGUGUGAUCCUGAAUGUCAUGGGGAGGUUAGUAGUGUCCCUUGUUAUUUUCACAGGCCUUGGAAAUAACUUUUAAACUCCGAACUCAGGCCAAGACAAAAUUUCUCAGAUUAUAUCAUCUCACACACAGCUCUGCCAAAAUAUAACACGACAUUAGAAAACAGUUUUCACAUUCUCCGUGACUGCUAAACACAUCUUUAUGUCUGCCUCCUAUUUGCUAUGAUUUAGUGCCUUUAAUCUGCCUUUGAUACAGUAACUACAACCAUCCUUUAAGAUGGUCGUCACAGAGCUUCCAAUCUCCAAAACCAGAAUCUCUAUGCACAUUCGCAGCCAUGGUUUUGCUUGGGUACUGAGACGGGGAUCAUGUUUAGGCGAGAGAGGCCUCCCUGCGCAGGCAAGAGCCCAAAUGAUAGGGCGUCCCCACCCCUUCACACACACCACUACAGUUAGUCAGCAGCUUUUGUUGUUUUCCGACCACAGUUUACAUGCAGCCCGGCUCAUUAUUCAUCUCCUGAGCGCGACGCAGCAGGCCUUCAUGUGCAUUACCCCUGUGUUCUGUUUAUCGGCUGGGCCUCUGCCUCCCCACCACACUUCCUCCAUCGCCCUUCUUCACAGGGAGAGUAUCCAGGCACCAUCACAUGAUACCCGGCGCGCCAUCGUUUGUGGUGCGCGUUGUUUAUGGUUCCCACAGUGCCCCUUUGUUGUCCAUCAUCAUCAUCAUGGAUCCACCAUGCAGAGACCUUGCCUUUUUUUUUUUUUUUUUUUUUUUUUUUUUUAUAGCUACUUAUGCCCUCUCGUUCUCUGUAUAUUUUCUUGCCCAUGAAAGUGAUUGCCAUGUUUUCCGCUAUAUGUUGAAAGUGGUUGUUUUAGUGCAGCUGCUGUAUAUAAAGGGCGCUCUAUGUGUUUGCGCUGCCACAAUAUAGUGAUUCCCAACGUGUUCCCAGGAACCCUCAGUCUCCAAUGAUGCAGACUGUAAUUAAGGAGGGGUGGAAGUGGUAUGUGUGUGAGGGGGGUGUUCCUCUCUACACACCACGUAAUGCUGUCCAGACGUUGAGGAAAUUCUGUUUGUGCAUGUGUUUGUACAUGUGUGUACUUGUGAGAUCUGGUUUUGUUUUAUGUUGGAUGCUAACUACAGCAGAGCAGUUUCCUGAUGUUAUUCGGUGAUAAUAAAAUGAUUUGAGAGCUA